AUGUGGAAAGCAGCAGGAGGUCUCGGUUGUCGAGGUACCGUCGGUUGUGGGCAGGCGGCCUCACAAUCGCGCCUCGUCCUUUGGGCGUCUCACUCCAGGUCAAGAGGUCUUCAGGGCCAUCACCGCACCUUCCAGACCGGAACCCCAAGAGUCAUGAUGAACACCGGCGGCAAUGAUAGAGCAAACGGUCUUGUUGGAGGAAAGAUGUUGAGUGAAAAGAUCACGAUCGAUCCUCAGACCAAGCUGCGUAUGGAGAUCCGCAAGGAGGCUAUGAGCAACAAUGGCAAUGGAGCCAAAUCGUCCGGUAACAGCGGUAAUGGAGGCGACAAGUGGGCCCGCUCACCCGAUCACGCUGCCAGAUCUCAGGAUAGCCCCUAUCGCCGCGCUUAUGAGGAGGCCCAAAACCGAUCCUUCUCGUCUCGUUCCGGUUCCGGUGGAGGAAACAACAACGCUGGAAACAGGAGGCAGCAGCAGCAAGGUCAGGAUGGACGGAGAGCAGGACGGUACUACGAUGCCAACAACAACUCCAAGGGAUCAGCAGCACAGGGAUCAGCAGCACAGGGACAUCAGCAGCAGCAGAAACAGUCACGUCCUACCCCUCCUUCAUCGUUUGCUACAUCCUCAGGAUUUGGAUUCUCAGCACCUGCUCCUGCUGCCCGCCCUAAGGCACCAGCACCACCGUCCUCAUUCGCGACAUCGUCGGGCUUUGGAUUUGGAGCACCCAAGCCAAGCGCAGCACCGACCACUCGUCCUGCAGCACAACAGCCUGUUCCUAAAGGUACCCCUCAACCAACAGCACAGCCCAUCGCCAAGGUCGUGAUCAAGAAGGAGGCCCCCUCAGCACCUGCAACAACUACCGCAAACCCAACACCCGCUUCAGCACCAGCACUUACGCCGGCAUCAGCGCCAGUAGCCUCGACCUCUACACGAGCAGCGCCAGCAGCACAGACAUUCGUCAAGUCGACUCGCACUGCCAAGGAAAACGCCAAGAGACAGGUGGAGCAGCGAUCGAGACAGCGCAAGCAGAGACAGAAGCCCGCCAAGGACGUUUUUAUCCCUGGGGCGAUCAAUGUCUCCAAUUUGGCUGGACUCUUGGGAGCACGCAUGGGUCACUUUGAGAACACCAUGAAGGCCAUGGGCAUGGCGAUCACCCGUCACGAUCACAUUCUGACUGCCGAGGAGGCAUCGCUUUUGGCCCUGGAGUAUAAUGUUAACCCUGUUGUCGGAAGCACGGAGAGCCUUUUCGACUUGACCUCCCAGCCAGAGCCGGAGGACAUGUCGAUUUACCCAUUGCGCCCACCAGUUGUUACUAUCAUGGGACAUGUUGAUCACGGCAAGACGACCCUUUUGGACUCGCUGCGCAAGACUUCGGUCGCUGCAGGGGAGGCUGGCGGUAUCACCCAGCACAUUGGUGCCUUCUCUGUUGUUUUGCCAUCAAAGCAACGCAUCACGUUCUUGGAUACUCCUGGACACGCCGCCUUCUCGGCCAUGCGCGCCCGUGGAGCUCACACGACCGAUAUUGUCGUCCUUGUGGUGGCCGCUGAGGAUGGUGUCAUGCCCCAGACUGCAGAGGCGAUCAAGCAUGCUGAGGAUGCAGGUGUCCCUGUGAUUGUCGCCAUCAACAAGUGUGACAAGUAUGGCGCAGAGCCCGAAAAGGCAAAGCAGGCAUUGUUGAAGUACGGUAUCACUGUUGAAGAUUUGGGAGGUGAGACGCAGUGUAUCGAGGUCUCGGGAUUGACGGGCAAGAACUUGGACAAGCUGGAGGAAGCCAUUUUGACCCUGGCCGAGGUUCUGGAUCUGAGAGCCGAGGUCGAUAUGAAAGGAGAGGGACACAUCAUCGAGUCACAGAUCGAAAAGGGACGCGGAAACGUUGCCACGGUGUUGGUGAAGCGUGGAACACUCCGCGUCGGAGAUACCAUUGUUGCUGGAAACGCGUGGUGUAAGGUCAAGGCUCUAGUCAACGACACUGGCAAGAACGUCAAGGAGGCACCACCGGGUACACCUGUCAAGGUCAUGGGAUGGAAGGACUUGCCCAAGGCCGGAGAUGAGAUGCUCGGAGCCGAGUCGGAAGACCAGGCCAAGCAGGCGAUUUCGACUCGAGCCCUCAAGAAGGAGCGUCAAGAGCAAUUGAAGACCUUGGUGGCGAUCAACGAGAAGCGUCGUAUCACCGCCGAGGAGGAGGAUGAGGAGAAGAUGGCCGUCCGAGAACACAAGCGCAAGGCUUGGCUCUUCCAUCAGGGCAUGCUGGACGUCUAUCCUGACGCUCCUCAGGUCAAGAGGCUGCUCUCUGUGGCCGCCAUGGCCGCCAAGGAGGAAGAGGAGAGCGAUAUCAAGCACCUGCGGAUGGUGGUGAAGGGCGAUGUGAGUGGAACAGUCGAAGCCGUAUGCGAUGCAGUCUCGGGAUUGCCUGCUAACCAGGUCAAGGUCAGCGUGAUUCAGUCUGGAGUUGGCAACAUUGCCGAGAGCGAUAUCCAAUUUGCGUCAUCCUGCAAUGCCAUGGUGCUGGGCUUCAAUGUGAAGGCUGACAAGAAGCUGAUGCAGACGGCUCGACAGAUGGGAGUGACUCUCAAGUCGUAUAACGUCAUCUACAAGCUUCUGGACGAUGUCAAGAUCGAGAUGGCACAAUUGCUGCCCAAGGACAUUGAGAUUCAGGUGGCGGGAGAGGCCAAGGUUGCUCAGAUUUUCCCGAUCAAGAUGAAGGGCGGAGCGGUGCAGAAUGUGGCUGGUUGUCGUAUUACCAAUGGAGGAGUGAGCCGGAAGGAAGAUGUCCGGAUUGUUCGCAAUGGCGAAGUUGUCUGGGAGGGACGACUCUCGACGCUGAAGAGGAUCAAAGAAGAUAUCCAGGAGGCCAAAAAGGGAACGGAGUGUGGUAUGGAGUUUGAAGGGUUCCAGGACUUUAAGGAAGGCGAUAUGAUCCAGAGCAUCAAGAAGAUCGAAGUCCUCCGCAAGUUGUAA